AAAUAAACAAAUCUUAACGGAACAAAAUGGGCAGAAGAGCAAGAGGAGAGAGAAAAAACAAAAGCCGGCAGGCAUGCAAAAAGCAGUAAGAUUAAAAUCAAAAGAAUUAGCGAAAAAAUACACUAAUCUCGCCCAAACACAUAUACAUACAAAACAAGCCUGGGAGAGAGCAGAGAGAAAGAGAGAGAGCAGAAGGAAAGGAAGGGAAGAGAAGAGGUGAGAGAGAGAGUACACAAAAAAUCUCUCAAAUUCAAAAUCACCAUCAUCCUGAAAUCUCCAGCUCUCUUGAAACCCUAGCCAUGGCGUCUUCACAAUAAUCUCAUUCAAAUUCACACAUCUCUCUAUUGUAAUUUCGUCCUCAAAAGCGGAGACUCUCUGUUGGCCACCUCAUGAUGGCCAAUGAGAUACCGCUCUUCAAUUCUUCAUCGGCUAGUGUUUCUCGAUUUAUCAUCAUCUUCAUCUCCUCCGAUCUCUCCACCAUCACAAACACGCACAUUCAUCAAUAACUUACGGAAUCUCGAAUCUCUCUUGAUUGCUUGUGGAUUGAAUUGAUGAUGAUGGCGAGUAGUAAAGGAUGGGUGGAGAAGAUGAGGAGGAUAGCUAGGACGAUUUAUUUUAUGGUUGCUAUGGUAGCGUCGCUUUUGGUUAUGUCAUUGCCAUUGUUAAUUGCUAUUGGAGAUGUGUUGCUUCCUGCUUUGUUGAUUUCUAGUUUCACUUGUGUUACUUGUCAUUCCUUUCUUCAUCACCUUCGUCGUUACGCUUUCAAUUCUUCUUUGACUGACAUUCCCCUCGUUUCCCUCAUCAGAUCUCUCCUUAUCACCUGUGUGUAUUAUAUGUGUGAUGGACCUGCCCUCUCGCAUGGGCCGUACUUAGGAACUGUUGCGAUGUCUUCCAUUGCAUCUGUAUUACUUCUCUCAGUUAAGGCUUAUGUUUUCUCUGUCAAUUCUCAAAUUGAGGCUGAAGCAUCAUUGUCUCUAUCAAAGCGGAAACUGCACUUGAAGAAGUCAUGGGGAAUGCCUGUCCUAUUUCUCUCAUCCGUGGUCUUUGCUUUAGGGCAUAUCGUUGUUGCUUAUCGGACGAGGUGCAGAGCAAGGAGGAAAUUGAUGUUGCAUCGAGUUGAUCCAGAAUCAAUUCUUUCAUGUAAAAUACCAUUUUCUGUUUAUCAGAAAGUUCCAAGAUCACCCACUCCUGCUGCUGGGAAAACACUAAGAAGUGAUAGUGAGUUGAUUAGAAGGCCUGGGGGGCUUAUUUGUGAUCAAGGGGAACUUCCAGUUCAGUUAUUAGCAGAUGUUGACAGCUUAUUUAUGAUGACCCAAGGGAUUAACCUACACUACAAGCUUAGCAUAUCUGGCGCACCUUCUCGUUCCUUGUCUUCUUCAACCUUUCUUAGCAGGCCUUCGGCAAAUGUAUAUCCGAAAAGCAAGUAUUAUCUUCACAGGAGCUUUAGCAGUCAAUUUAAUACAUCCUCUCUCCACACACCACUAUUAGAUCGAUCAAAUUAUCCUGGACAAUCAGAAGAAAUACCAAUUCUGAGUUUGAAUGAAGCUGGUGAUUAUGAGGAUAUGAGUGGGCAUCGUCCUCCUGUGCUGGUGGAAGAUUCGAGUACGAAUCGUCAGUUUGGCAUUGUUUUAGUGCAUGGAUUUGGAGGGGGGGUCUUCUCAUGGAGGCAUGUAAUGGGAGUGUUGGCUCGGCAGGUUGGCUGCACGGUUGCCGCUUUUGAUCGUCCUGGAUGGGGAUUAACAUCUAGACCUCAAAAACAGGAUUGGGAAGAAAAUCAGCUGCCUAAUCCUUACAAGCUUGAAACUCAGGUUGACCUACUUCUAAAUUUUUGUUCGGAGAUGGGGUUUUCUUCUGUUGUCCUUGUUGGUCAUGAUGAUGGAGGCCUACUUGCUCUGAAAGCUGCGCAGAAAGUGAUCUCCUCUGCGGCCCCUGUAAAUGUUGAAAUCAAGGGGGUGGUAUUACUAAAUGUAAGCUUGUCAAGAGAAGUUGUUCCUGGCUUUGCUAGAAUAAUCUUGGGAACUUCACUUAAGAGAAACCUUGCAAGUCUAGUUAGGGCAGAGAUCAUACAAGCAGUCAAUCGGCGUGCUUGGUAUGAUGCUACCAAGCUAACAACAGGAGUCACAAAUCUCUAUAGGGCCCCUUUUUAUGUAGAAGGCUGGGUCGAAGCACUCCAUGAGAUAGGUAGACUGUCAUCUGAAACAGUGCUGUCUCCAAAAGAUGCAGCGUCGUUAGUAGCAGCAGUUCAAAAUAUCCCAGUUUUAGUUAUCGCAGGAGCUGAAGAUGCUGUUGUCUCUUUGGAUUCUGUUCAAACUAUGGCUUCAAAUUUUGUAAAUUCUAGACUGGUAGCAAUAUCUGGUUGUGGCCAUCUUCCGCAUGAAGAGUGUCCUAAGGCGUUGCUCGCAGCUUUAUCGCCCUUCAUAAGCAGACUCUUAAGUAUACGAGAUUUGCAAAACUAGUAGGACCUUUUGUUAUUAUGUACAAAUAGGUUUUAUUUAUGGAAGGGGUUGGGGUUUUCAUUUCCUUCUAGAUAUCUUCUGUCUUUCUUCCAGCCUGUAGUUCAUCUUCAAGAGAAGAGAGUAAGUCCAUCUCUUCUUUUGGUUGUUUUUUGCCUGUUAGUUUGGAGCCUCUUCUGGAUGUGCUAGAACUCUCUUUCAUGUAUUCUUCUGUAUCUUUCCUCUUCUUUGUUGUUGUUGGCCAGGUCUAGUCUUUUAGUGUGUUUCAGAAGUCCUGUUGUUAACCACUUAUGUCGUGGACCAACAUCUGUACAUUUUACUUACGUUGGUAAUGAAAGAGCUCUUGCAUGUUUUAGACAGAGCAAA